AUGGCAGAGAAAAACAUCCAACCAGGCGACGACGUCACCUGGAACUACGGGCGCGGGCACCCCACAGGGACAGUAUCUGAAGUCAAAACCGACGCCGGCGGGAAACUCGAAAUCGAAACGGCGGGCAAGACGGUGCACAAGAACUCGGACCCGGAGAACCCCGCUGUGCAUGUGGAGAGGGAGGGGAAUGAUGUAGUGAAGAGGGCGAGUGAGCUGGAGAAGAUUCCAGGUGGGGAACAGUCGGCGGGGACGGCGGGUGCCGGUAAAGGAGGGGGCGGGACGAAGGAGGGAGGGGGUGAGGCGAAGGAGAGGGUAGGGGAUGUGGCGAUGAAAGACACCGAGGGGGAGAAGGAUGCUGGCGAGGUGAAGGAGAAGGGGCCGGCAGCGGGAGAGGGAGAAGGACAGGCUCCUCCAACAGUCGGGAAGGAAGCCGAAGUAGGCGAGAAGCGCGAGAGGGAAGGAGACGUCGUCGCCCACUCAACGGAAAAGCCACCGGGAGAAGAGACUCGACCUCUCGCUGCUGCCUCGACAGAUGCCACGACGACUGGCGAGCAAGGCGAGGCCGAAAAGGAAGCAGGAAAAGACGCGAAGAAGCCGAAACUCGAUGCUACUGACGGUGACGCAGAAACUGACGCACCUGCCCCAGGAGAAGGCGAGACCACGACAAAGGCGACCCCUGCGAAACGCGGGCGGGGACGAGGAAGAGCCAAGACGACUUCGACAGCCCCUACACGUACGUCGGCACGGACGAAGAAGGGAGCUGCUCAUGCUGUAGAUGCUGAGCCACAGAAGCCAGUCGAGGAGUCGGCUCCCGCAGCGAAUGGUGGCGCAGAGCAGGUGGCUACCGCGAUGCAGGAGGGCGGGGCUGAACCAGCGAUUUGA